GUCUGUAUCUAAACAAAUAGGUAUACAUUGUCGUUUGUGAUUGUGAAUAAAUGCGAAGAAAGGAAGAAAAGUGAUUAAAACUACUCGUUCUACUUGUUCCUAUCGAUCAUUUUACGAUGAAAAUAUUCCUCGUCAUUAAAUAGGAUUUGAGUUAAUUAAUUAGGUGUCAAAGCAAUCACAUAAUUAAAAAUGGGUAUCAUUACUUCAUGCUGUAGGCCUUCUGCUUCGGAUGUUUUAACUCCAGAUGCUGAGACGAGACGUCGACAGCAAGUUGAGGCGGCCGAGCGCCGUGCUGCCGAGCAGGCGGCCAGGGGAGUUAAAGAUCCGGAGAGGGUAAAGAGGAUGCAGCAGAAAGCAGACGAGAUGGAGCGUAGGGAGCAGGAGUUGGCCAAGGCGGGCGGGCCCAACUUGAAGUGGACGUCCGAAUGAGAGGAGGCUACACCUGAGAGCAGUCAAAGCAAGGAAGACAAGUAUAGAUAUAAGAAUUAAAAUCAACUUUAAAAUAUUUUUUUACACUUCACCAUUCAUUAAAUAAUAUUUUUAACGGCACUAGUUUCACCUAAAUGUUUGUCGUUAAAGGAAUUAUUUAAUUUUCGCGCUCGUUAAAGCUGCUCACACACUGACCCAACAAAAGCCAACCAAUUAACACCAUUCGCUGGCUAUUGUCGGCUCGGUGUGUGCGCAACUUACAUCACACGGGUGUUGAUUAAUGGUGAUGUGUAAAUUAUUAUUUUAAAUAUUUUUAAACCCCGUUAUUUUGUCCCGAUCGUAGAUUUAUUUCAUGUUCUUGCAAUCGUGUGUUAGGGCUAUUCUGUAAGGGUUCACGCAUUACAUUUCGUUGUCAACUACAAUCUGUCAAAAAUUUUGUAUUGCCGUCCUUACCUAACUUAUACGGUUGAUAAGGGACUGCAGUAGAAAAUGGCAUUUUGAUUGAUUGCAAAUGUAAUUGGUGAAUGGGCUAGCUACUCACAGAAAAGCACUGAAUUUAUAGGGAAUUGAAUCAUCGAGAUUCUUAAAUCAUGAUCACGAUACUUGAUUUGAGCGUCUUUUUGAAAAAUCGAUUCCUCAUUUACGGUUGCUAUUAGUCUGAUGCCAGACUUGAAUCUGAUAAGUGAAUUCAUUUGAGAUAUCGCCUGACGGAAGUUUGUGCUUCACUAGUUUUCCAGAAAUUAGUUGCGUUCAUGCUGCCUUUUGCAUUUUAGGGUUAAGCGGAGCAUUCGAUUGGAGUGUAAUUUGAAAUGUAUUAAUUUAACACCAUAAUGGGCUCUUUCAAGCUGCAUUUCAUACGAGUGUAAUGUUAACCCUAGGGUGCGAUACCGGAUGACAGACGGGCCCGAUCCACUUUGUAGUGAUUGUAAUAUUUAUCGAUCGCACCCGACCGUCGACCGAGGACCGCAUUGCACGUUUAUCGAUAACUCUAUUGAAAUCACUUAUCUUUUUUUUUAAAGGCCGAAGUCGACGCUUUUAUUUACAAUUAUUUUUAGUUUUUGGGCCAAAUUGUAUAAAGUCUCUUAGGUAUUUUAUAUCUAUAAUAUAUAAUUAAUACAAGCCUUUAUGUACCUUAUUACUAUUCACAUAACUUCUAAGUGAUAAUAAUGUAAUAUAUGUAAAUAUCUAGUUUUUUAAUGGAUGAAUUGUACAUAGUAUUUUAUAGUGAUAUUUUUAAAUUCUAUAUGUUUUUUAUAUUUUAUUUUAUGAUGCUCCUCGGCAAUAUGUUUUUAAAAUGACCCUUGGAAUAAUUAAGCAAAAAAUUGUUUCUUUUGCUUAUUUAUUCCAUGUUUUAUUUUGUCUUCAGUCAAAUUUUUUUAAGGGGAGUAUGCAUAUAUGUUUUACAAAAUAAUUUAAUGUUAAACGUUAUUAUUGGGCAUGAGCAUUCAUUUGUAUUUAUUGUUUGUGUUAAAAAUGUUGUAUGCUUAUGUUGUUUCUUCUCUAAUAAAUGUCCGUCAAAAAAUUA